CUUCGUCCACCGCUGCAGGAGGGACUAUCGACGUGCUCUUUCAAACACUAGCAAACGCUUCACUAUCGACGAUAUAAGAGUCCGAGCGCAGAUCUCGCUCGCAAGUCACAACUAAUCUAUGGACACUGCAUCAUCUCGACCUUCUGCCUCCCGAGGCUCAAGCUCGCAGCGCAGCAGGGGCUCUCACAAGCCACGAGGCGGUCACGGUAAAGCUCUCCGCGCCCGCGGUCGAGGACGGGGUGGUGGGCGCCCGGCUGUAUUCCGCGAACGCAUCCUCCUGGAAGGCGAAGCGCCCGAGGAUCUGGACGAGGAGGCGGAGGCAGAACUCCGCGCGAAGUACUCGAGACGAAACUUGGGCAGCAACGCGGAUCGGUACAAGGAAGAGGAUCCGGAACUGGGCUCGGAUGGCGAGCCGAUCGUCGAGCCCGAGGUCGAUUUGAGCGCGUUUCUGCGAAAACAGAGGUUGCACGAUGAGGAAGACGCGACACCCGGUGAGGACGAUCAGGAGGUGGAUCACUCUUUAGACCACUUGCCUACAGGGAUAGGAGGGAAAAGCAAGGGGAAGGUUGCGGAGCAGAGAAAGGGUAAAGUACAGCACAUCGCCUUGGACGACGAAUUGGAGAAGAUGCUCAGGGAGAAGGCGGUCGCCGAUGCAAAUCGUGAGCUUAAGGAGCGCUUCCGCGUUCAAGCGGCGAAACCCACCUUUCAAGGCUCGGUUGCAAACGCUGGACGGGGCAAAGGGCCACAUCGAGAGAAAGAUGUGCUCGUCGCGCCUCCCCUUCCUGGCCAGGAAUCAAAGAAGGACCCAAACGCAAAAGAUGGCCUGGAGGAUUUCCUUGACGAGCUCUUGGGAUGA